CGGGAUACAUCGUGGGAGAGGCAAUCAUGGCAGUGACAAUCAUGAGAGCCAUGUGUGUCUCUCACAGAGUAGUAUCUCACCAGUUUCCUGUCCACAGGGUUUGCCAGGACCUCCAGGAGAGAAGGGUGAGACAGGAGAUGUGGGCCAGAUGGGACCUCCUGGUCCCCCAGGCCCCCGAGGACCCUCUGGAGCUCCAGGUGCUGAUGGGCCACAGGGUCCUCCCGGAGGAAUUGGCAACCCUGGUGCAGUGGGAGAAAAGGGGGAGCCUGGUGAAGCUGGAGAGCCUGGUCUUCCAGGAGAAGGAGGUCCCCUGGGACCUAAAGGAGAAAGAGGGGAGAAGGGAGAGGCUGGCCCCUCUGGUGCUGCUGGACCCCCCGGACCCAAAGGCCCUCCUGGAGAUGAUGGACCCAAAGGCAGCCCUGGCCCUGUGGGCUUUCCCGGAGACCCUGGUCCCCCUGGAGAGCCAGGCCCUGCAGGUCAAGAUGGUCCACCUGGAGACAAAGGGGAUGAUGGUGAACCUGGACAGACGGGAUCCCCAGGCCCUACUGGUGAACCUGGUCCAUCUGGACCUCCAGGAAAGAGGGGUCCCCCAGGCCCUGCAGGUCCUGAAGGCAGGCAAGGGGAGAAAGGAGCCAAGGGAGAAGCCGGCUUAGAAGGCCCUCCUGGGAAGACUGGUCCUAUCGGCCCCCAAGGGGCCCCUGGGAAGCCUGGCCCCGAUGGUCUUCGUGGGAUCCCUGGCCCUGUGGGUGAGCAAGGCCUCCCAGGAUCCCCAGGCCCUGAUGGUCCACCUGGCCCCAUGGGUCCUCCAGGACUCCCUGGACUCAAAGGAGACUCUGGUCCCAAAGGUGAAAAGGGCCAUCCAGGCCUGAUUGGACUCAUUGGACCUCCAGGUGAACAGGGUGAAAAAGGUGACCGAGGACUCCCAGGCCCCCAGGGCUCAUCUGGUCCCAAAGGAGAACAGGGUAUCACUGGUCCUUCUGGCCCACUUGGGCCUCCUGGGCCCCCUGGCUUGCCGGGCCCUCCAGGUCCCAAAGGUGCUAAAGGCUCUUCGGGUCCCACUGGCCCGAAGGGCGAGGCAGGCCACCCAGGACUCCCUGGCCCACCUGGCCCUCCAGGUGAGGUCAUCCAGCCCCUGCCAAUCCAGGCAUCCAGGACUCGGCGGAACAUCGAUGCCAGCCAGCUCCUAGACGAUGGGGCUGGGGAGAGUUACUUGGACUAUGCAGAUGGGAUGGAGGAGAUCUUUGGCUCCCUCAACUCCCUGAAGCUGGAGAUUGAGCAGAUGAAACGGCCACUGGGCACACAGCAGAACCCCGCCCGUACCUGCAAGGACCUACAGCUCUGCCAUCCUGAUUUCCCAGACGGUGAAUACUGGGUCGAUCCCAACCAAGGAUGCUCCAGGGACUCCUUCAAAGUCUACUGCAAUUUCACAGCCGGAGGGUCCACAUGUGUCUUCCCUGACAAGAAGUCUGAGGGGAGUAAAAUGGCCCGCUGGCCCAAAGAGCAGCCUUCCACCUGGUAUAGUCAGUACAAACGGGGUUCCCUGCUCUCAUAUGUGGAUGCUGAAGGCAACCCUGUGGGCGUGGUACAAAUGACCUUCCUGCGGCUGCUGAGUGCCUCUGCCCACCAGAACAUCACCUACAACUGCUACCAGUCAGUGGCCUGGCAGGGGGCUGACACAGGCAGGUGUGGGUGUGCUGCUCACUCAAUGUAA